GAUAAAUAACUUCUGUUAACUUAUCACGCACGGAAUAGUUGGUUUUUCUGAAAACGUGGCUUAAGCUUUCAAUCGACACUCAUGAAAACUCGGCCGGUGUCGCGUUCUCUAAAGUGUCCGUUCGUCGGCAAGGUCCAAAAUGGCAAAAACAACCGAAAAAAAAGGAAAAAGUGCUAUCAAUGAGGUAGUGACACGUGAAUACACUGUCAACCUUCAUAAACGUCUCCAUGGUGUUGGAUUUAAAAAACGUGCUCCACGAGCUAUCAAGGAAAUCAGAAAAUUCGCUGAAAAACAAAUGGGAACUCCUGAUGUACGAAUUGAUACUCGUCUUAACAAACAGCUUUGGUCUAAAGGUAUUAGAAACGUACCUUUCCGCAUUCGCGUUCGUCUAAGCAGGAGAAGAAACGACGAUGAAGAUUCUGCUAACAAAUUGUAUACACUCGUUACUUAUAUACCUGUUGGAACUUUCAAGGGUCUUCAAACGGAAAAUGUUGAUGCAAGCCAAGAUUAGUUUAUUAAAUAAAUUCUUUUAACAUCCAGAUAA